AUGUGGAGGCCAGCUCCGUCGAUAUUCGGGGAAAAGCGUGUGUAUAAAUAUGCCGAUUUCUCAAUUCUCUUCUUGUGCUCAAUUAAACCAGAUCUUCAGACCAUGGAAUAUCUGUGGAUCGUUUUGCUACUGCAAACCGUCUCCAUAGCUGCUGAAUGUGUUGCUGAUAGCUGUCUCCUCGCACUUCGCUCGACACCACACAUCUCUGGACGCCAUGCCGCUGCCCUAGAUUUCUGCACUGCAUAUCUUCAAGACCCGACUGUUGUCGUGCCAGAUGAGGCGAGAAUAGCUUGUAAAGACGAAAACAAUGUGAUCGACGAGCAACGCAUCGCUAGUGCUUGCGCGUGUGAGUUUGCGCCAACGGAGACAAGACCAACAUUAGUUACGCCGGCUCAAAUAACCUCGCCGCCCGCGGUUGCGGAGGACAGCUUUUUCGAGCCUUGCGCGCUUGUCAGCAGUUCGUCCGCUGCACAAGUAGCUACAGCUCCCUCUACUUGGCCAACUGUCUCCGCACAGCUUGCCUAUGAAUGCCUGAACUCGAUACCCCUCAACGAGACAGCUGCUAUAGAUUUUGUUGACUCCAUCGAGCCGUACCUUGAAUGGCAGAGUGAUUUGGCAUGGAAAAAAGAUCCUCCAGCAGAUUACGAUUGUCCUGCCCACGAUGUCAUCGCCGCCCUAGAUCAAGUCCGGAGAAACUUAAUCGCAAAUAGGUAUGCAAACGAAUACGUAUUUCAAAUUGAUCUGUAUCGAGUCUUCCUGAGAGGUUGCGACGGGCACAUCAUAUUAUUUCCUGAUGCCGCGACUAAGGGAUUUAUUUUUGGUCGCCAGCGAUCUUUGGUCUCAGUAAGCGAGGACGGACGAUCGCUUCCCGUCAUUAAGCUAUAUGAUGAUGUUUACAACUCGCCGGGACAGGGGUCAGUUGUUACCCAAAUUAACGGCAUUGAAGCGUCAACAUUUAUCUCCAAUUACAGUAGAGAAGCCCCGAGUUUUCCAGAUGCCGAUGCGGUGUACAACAGCAUGUUCUUUAGCCAAGGUUCCUUCGCCGAGACUGGUUGGGAAGGCUGUUUCUCAGGAGGUGGGCGAAUGCAAUAUAUUUAUCCGGGUCCUACCACAUCGUUCACCUUUGCUAACGGAUCAUCGCUAAUCCUGGAAAACACCGCCAGGGUUUUGGCAGACUUCAGUGAUGUGGCCAAUGGGCAACAAUUUUACAGCAAAUAUUGUACGGUCCAUGACGAUGAAGUUGAAGAGGAAGAUUCAGCUGCUACAUCUCUUCCCAACUUCACCUCUGCAUAUCCACAACCUGCAAUCGCGACUAAUGACUCCAUCUUAUCCGGACACUAUCUGGACGGGCAAGGAUAUGAAGACGUAGCUGUUUUAAAUACUUUGUCUUUUGACCCACAAUCUACAACCCAAUUUCAGGAAGUUGCACAACAAUUUUUGAUUGAUGCAAAGCGGAAUGGUAAGACAAAAAUUAUCAUUGAUCUUAGUUGUAACGAGGGCGGAUAUGUUUUACUAAGUUACGACUUGUUCCGACAAUUUUUUCCUACUAUUGAGCAAGAAGGAAAUACCCGCUGGAGAGCAGGAAAAGCUUUCAUGGCCAUUGCCGAGAUAUUUUCCGCCGGUUCUGAUGAUUUUGACCCUUCUACUGCUACUGAUUCAGAGAUCAGUAGGCAUCAAUCUUGGUUUCAUUACUAUUCCGAUCUGAAUAGUAAUAACGAGCCGUUUCGGAGUUUUGAGGAUAAGUAUGGUCCAUACACUAUAAAGGGUGAUAAUUUUACCAACAACAUUCGAUGGAAACUAAACGAUACUCUGGUCACUUCUAAUGAUACUUACGGCCUGGGUAUGGAAAUUACUGGAUAUGGAUCACGUCAAAAUUUCACACAGCCCUUUGAUGCUAAAAACAUUAUAAUGCUUCAUAAUGGAUAUUGUGGAUCCGCUUGCCAUAUGUUUUCAGAGUUUAUGCGGGUCCAAGCAGGCGUCAAAUCUAUUGCUAUGGGAGGUCGACCCAAGGAAGGUCUUAUGCAGGGGGUAGGCGGAAAUAAAGGAGCUCUGGUUUUUAGUUUCGAAACAAUUUUACAGUAUGCACAGAUGGCGUUGCCAAAUGCUUCGGAAGCCCAAGCAGAGAUUUUAGAAAAGCUGUCGCCACUUCCACUACAGCGAAUUAGUAAAGCUAGCCUUAACGUGCGAGACUACAUCUCCCCAGAACAUUUUGGCGAUGGACUUCCGUCUCAGUACGUCCGAGUAGAAUCUGAUUGUAGGCUAUUCUACACAGAAAAAAGUAUUAACGACGUCACUGUUCUUUGGAAAGCUGCAGCCGAUGCAGCAUUUAAUGGAAAAGGAUGUGCUUAUGGUAGUCUUCCGGAAAGGCUCUGA